CUGUCAGUUUCCGUUCUCCAUACGUACGUAAGCACACGUCCCAACAAAGGAAGCGAGGCGCUGCGUCCCUCCUCGUGCACGCAACGCUGCCCAGAACGACACACAAAAAAAUUAACGUGCGCGCUCCCGCUGUGUAGCGACAAGAUGGCGGUCGCCGCCGGAUCAGGCGUUAAAGUCCCUCGCAAUUUCCGGCUGCUGGAGGAGCUGGAAGAAGGUCAGAAAGGUGUCGGAGAUGGAACAGUGAGUUGGGGUCUCGAGGAUGAUGAAGACAUGACGCUGACGAGGUGGAGAGGGGUGAUCCUCGGCCCUCCCAGGACCAGCUAUGAAAACAGGAUGUACAAUCUGAAGGUGGAAUGUGGGCCAGGUUACCCAGAGUUGCCUCCGUUCGUCAGAUUUGUGACAAAGAUAAACUUGAAUGGCGUGCACACUUCCAACGGUGUGGUGGACAUGCAUGCGGUGACGGCGCUGGCCAAGUGGCAGAACUCCUACAGCAUCCGGAUGGUGCUGCUGGAGCUGCGGCGGCUCAUGACCUGCAAGGAGAACAUGAAGCUUCCUCAGCCGCCCGAGGGCCAGAUCUACAGCAACUGAGCUUCUUCUACUUUUGCCUCCAUCUUCCUCUCCUCCUUCCCGAAAAACUUCCCAUCUUUCUGUUUAGCUUUUACCCCCCCCCCCCCCCCUCGUCAUCCACCAUAUGACAGUCCACCUCCUGCCAGCACACACAGCGAAAAAAAAAACAAGAAACAGACACUAGCAGAUACAUUUAGACAUAGAUGCACACACACAAACUCAUUCCAGGCCUUCGCCCUCCUCCCUCUUCUAUCACUGGAGCUCUGGGUGGUCUCGAUUCGUCGGUCCACAACAGAGAUGAUGAUUUGAAUACUGUACAUCUUACUAAUCUUUUUUUUUUUUUUUUUUUAUUGUUUAAGAAAAAAAUGCAGAUUGUACAAUAACAUAAAUGAUCUUGUUGAGUGUUUCUCUUUGUGUGUUCUCUUUUUGUAUUGCAGAAAACAGCCACGUCAUUUUAUUUUGCAUUGCUUGGUGGUUAAGAAAUGUGGUUAAGAGAGAAUUCUCCAUCAUAGUGAACAUAUGGACCUAAUCUCCAAAAUUAUUUCCCGUGAUAUGACGAGAUGCGUCUUGUAAUGUGACCAGAUGACAGUUUUUUUUUUUGCAUGUUAACGUGGGCUCGCAAAGUUUUUCUUUUUUUCUUCCUGGUGGUCUCAUAGAUGAUUAAUGUGCAUCUGUACAACUAUCUGACCUUAAGAUGCAAAUCAGCUGUAGGUCUGCAUUUUUUUUUUACCAUGCUUAAAAAGAGAAGUGAAAUUCGCUACCUCUUAUUAUUCUUUUUAAAACUCCUGUGUUAGUGCCAGAGCAGCUCCCCGACAUGUGAAACUAUCUUUGCAACUUUCUGUGAUGGACACCUGGAUUGUUCAAUUCUCUGCACUUCUUUCAUAAAUCUGUAUUCAUGCGCUUGUGUCGUAGUUUAAUGUGUGCGGAUGCUUGCCAAGCUUACAUGGAAUACAAUAUGUUUUUAAUGAAAAAACAAAAUGGGGCCCAUAUCAGGAAAUAAGACCACACAUUUAACCACAGCAUUUGACUCUUGAGGCCAAUAUGUUUGCAGGUAGAUAUGUGGCGCGCUAAGAGAGUAGAAUAAACACCUGAUUGUUUCCCACUGUAAUUAGUUAUGGGAUGAUCAUGUUGCUUGGUCUUAUUGAAUGGACUAACCUCAUUGUGAGCUGUGAAGGGCGUGGACGGGUUACUGAAUGGGUGUGCUGAACGUACGAUCAAGGGCCAUUUAAGCCUCUGAAUGUCACUGAGCAGGCAUGCAAAUAGGACCAUUUCAGAAAAGGCUGAAGAGGAACACAAAGAUACGCCCAACUGUAGGGGAAUGGUAAUACAGUGAACAAACGGAUGUUGAGUAAGAAUCCUUGAGAAAAGCGUAGGAUGGCUACAAACAGACAUGAUAUCAUGAAAAUGGAAAAAAAAGAAAAGAAAAGGUCAUGGAAAAAGGAAAUAUCAGGAAAAAAGUAAUCAAAGUUGACUAAAGGUUACAAAGCAACCACAUAAGAUUGAAAGAGACGCAGAGCGGCAGGUGAAGUUGCAUAAAGUGACAUGUUCCAGAAAGAUAAGC